UCUCAUUGUUGUAUCGUAAUUUCUUCAAUAGAUCUAUUUUGAAAGUGAGUUGCCCAAGAGAGAGGGAGUGGAACGGCGGAGCUCAGGAAUGUAAACAAUGCUUUUCUCGAAUACUGAUUGGUCGAGAGGGCGUGGCCAAGCUCCGGUGAUAUACUUUCCUGCGCGUUGAUUGGCUGACGCGGGGAACGUUGGCCAGCCUUCACCAGUGACGUGACUCUCCGCUAGUCCCGUCCUCAGUGUGCACGUGAGGGUGCUCGGGAAGGGAGGUUAAUCGCGCUCGUCUCCAAAACAUGACUCGUAACUGGAAAACUGGAAUACUAUGAACUCAGCACCACCAGACACGUGUAAAGUGGAUCAGUGCUAUACGUGACUUACAAACGGUUGGAUUUAACCUCAAAGUACUUAAGUGUCGAAGGAUAUACUGGUAAUUGGGUAGUUUACUGGUGUUGUGAAGUGACAGUACUGUGUCGGUUGGUGUUGUGUGAGCUACUUGUGAUGCCCCGAGUGAUGCAGUGACCGGUGCCGUGGAGUGCCUGGCCCCCGACGCCCCCCAGGAGGGCCUCAGGAUGCUCAAGUGGACCCUGCGGAACCCCCCGGACGCGCCCACACCCCCGCCCCCCGAGGUGACCUUCAGGGCGCACGACAGCGAAGGACGUGUUAACCUAAAGGAUUCCAACACGUGUUGGCUUGAGACUCAGGUGAAAGUGGCGCAGGUACGCUCUACAUCCAAGGUGGUAGAAAACGGAGAGGGGGAGAAUGGAAAAGAAAAUGAGGGACUCUUACAAAAGUGGAGGUCUGCUCACCACCACCACCAUCACCACCACCACCACCAUGAGGAGAAGAAGAGGAGGAGGAAACAACACAAACAUACCAGAUGCAACCCUCUGGACCCCCUGCGGCUGUUCACGGGGGAGGUGACGGAUAGUGACAGCGGCAGUGUGUACAUGAGACUAGAACACACCCCUGCCGCCCUGCUCCCCCGCCCCCCGGUCACCACCACCACAGGGCCCGCAGACCCCCGUAGAAAGCCCCUUAUUGAUCUCUCUAACGGGGACUACAGUGAUGUCAGAAAGUAUUUGCAGUCCCUCUCCACCUCUCUCUCCACCCCCACCACCAGCACCACCACCACCACCACCACCACCAACGCUUCUAUCAUCUUCACCCGCACCAGCACCCCCACCAGCACCAGCACCCCCACCAGCUCCCCCCCUACCUGCAGCCCUUCGCCAGGAGCACCAAAGGGAACGUUCAGCGAGGUCCAGGGCCGGGUUCCCUCGUAAGGCCUGAUCCCCUCGGCGCCUCGGCCUCCAAACUGCAGGAAGAACAUCGCUCCCGCGCCCUCGCCACCUCCAGAACGCGAUCUCGCUCCUCGUCCGUGUCCCGUGUUCGCCCUACCGGCCCUUCUAGUCAUCCCGGGGUUGCGACGGAAGGUGAGGAGCGCGGCGCGGGGGCGGGCGUGCCCUCACCCCUCAAGCGACACUCCAUCGCUGACAUCCC